CGACUGACCAUAUUGGACAAUAGCAUAAAUGUAUUACAUUGUUUACACCGUGGGCUCAGCUCGCAAUACAUUCAUUAUUCCUGCUGUAUUUGUUUGGUUAGAAUCGAUCAUUUUCGACAAACAUACAGCUCGUUUUUGCAGAAAAUAAUGUCAAAUUUCUCUGUAUUUUUCCUGCUCCUCAUUCUUUUACAUGCACUUGCUGUCGGGGACGGGACGCUUUCGAAAUCGAGUAAGAAAAAAGGAAAGAAAACCAGCUCGAAAGAGGCAAGUGAAUGAUGGAAUAAUUAUAGCCUGUACACAGUAAUAUUUGUUGUUCGCGUGGUUGGCUAGCAUACUUUUGACAGCUGGUGGUCCUCGUAGACUAUUUUAACUAAUAUAAAUUUAUGUUUCUUAAUUUAGCUUUCUUCAAAGACAGUUUACGAGCGGGGUUUGGUCGACGAGGAAUUAAAACCGAGGGAUGUUUUAAAAAAUUACGAGUCGUACUGUAAAACCACUGUUGGACAAAGGGGUUUUGAAAACACAUUGGUCUAUGUGACGCCUGUAAGUUCAUUUAGAGUUUGGCGUGCUCUUUUGUUCGUUCAUAAUGUCAUUUCUACAUGAUUAACCUGUGUGGCAGAUUAUAUUACGAUAGAGCAGUUAGGAUUCUAAUAUUUAGUUAAAAUAGAUAACAUACUGCACUAUAUUAUGUAUAUUCCCAUGGGAGUUUAUAAUAUUAAAUGAUGCUAUUCUGCAAACUAAAGCCUUGAUCAAAUGUGGAUGAUUAUUGACAAGCUGGAGUUUGCAUGAGGGUUUUCUCAAUUCUUCUGCUGCUCAAACGAGAACAAGAGUACCGUACAAGACCCAUUUCCACUCAAGAGAAAUUUCCAUGGGCAGAAAAUUUCCCAAAACUAUCAUUGUUAAAAUUUGAAAAUUUUCACUUCAAAUUUUUUUUUCAGACGGAAAAUUUGUGUUGGCCAAUCACCUUGUACAAAAUUUUCUUUUUGCGGAAAAUUUUCCUGAGUGGAAAAAAUUUGAACCAGCUCAAAAUUGGCGAGAAAGACAUAGUAUGCAGAUGGGGCCUAUGUGCCAAGGCAACCAGCCCAGCACCUGCUUGAUAAAACAGCUGGAUGAGGUACAUAUGUCAAAUUGAGCAUUAGCCUUUGACAAUUCCAAGGUGGCACAGGGUGUGUUCUAUGAAGAGUCAUCAAAAGCAUUAUUUUAUCGAAUGAUAUAUAAUAAUCGUUUUAUAGUGGAACAGCAGAGGUUAUGAAAUUGCCAAGAUAUUUGCUGGGAAAUUUUCAUACGUGUCUCCUGUGUGGUUGCAAGUUAAACGAAGGCAUGUAUACGACUCUUAUUGUGUUUUUCUCCUUGUAUAAGCAGUGCAUGCAAGGCACACCUCAGCACCCAACUUCCGGAUCACGCAUGGUUCACUAACUAUUAACUUUGGUUAAAGGUGCUCUACAGUCUGUGUGUAAACAAAGCCUUUGUUUGUAUCAUAAAAAGUGGGCUCCUUUUAUGCACAUGCGCAGAUCGGACUGUAGAUCACCUUUAAUUUAUAACCUCAUUAAAACCAUUUUGGGCAUUAGUUUGUGUUGGAGAUGGAUCAUCCAUCAAGCACUAUCUACUGUAUCUCACAAAUAUUAAUAUGUACCAGACUCUAUCCAGCCAAACUACAGUAGCUACGAUUGCAUGAUCAACACAUUCAUAUCAUGAUCAUCAUACAUGUUCAACACAUGGGCCAAACAGAUCAUGGUUUGGAGACAUAUUUAUUCCUUAACCCUUGAAAUAAUAAAGACUAGUGCACAUUUGGGUGCAUUGUAGCUUAGUUUUUAUUUAGUUAUUACGAAACUUGCCAAACUGUGGAAUCGCAUCAAAAAUUUGUAUCGCCUGCACUCCCACAAAUGUCUACGACCACACCUGUACAUAUUUAAGCAGCCAAUCCGGUUCUUGUUAAGAAUUACAAUUAAAUGUCGAUUGGCUGUUUGAAAUUAGAAUUGUAAACAUGCAAAAAUACGUAGGUGCGGUCGUAGUGUGUGGCGGCAAUACAAAUUUUUUAUGCGAAUCCACAGUUCAGUGAGUUUUGUAAUAAAACACUUGCUUGACCCUUUACUUGAAUAUUCAUUAUAGGCGAGGUGGAAAUUUUCUUAUUGAGGGAGCACAUGAUAUCGAUAAAGGUGAUAAAAUAUUUUUCAAAAUCUUGAUGAUCUACUAGCUCUCAUAUUAACUAGCAUUUAAUUGUUACUAAAACUUUCAUAAUAAUUGCAGAUUGGGUUAGAGAAGUUCGAUCUUCUGGAAAUAAUACAAGAAUAGGUAAAAAACAACAUAUUACUGAAUUGAAAAAUGAAUUACUGUGGUAACGAAAUUGAUUACGCUGUCUAGCUUCAAAACUGUUCUUCCUAAAGGUCUUAGCUCCCAUAAGAUCCAUAUGGAUAAGAGUGCAUCACUAAUGGGUUGAUGUACUAAGCAUAAAUUAAAUUAAAACCUGUCCUUCACUCCUCUUACUAGUUCCUAGGCUGCUGUUUGAAAAAUGGAGUCCGACUGAUUUUCACGCCAUCUUCAGUAAUGAAAAUGCUAUGAAUGAUCUGGUCAAUACUGUCCUUAAUUUUAUGAAGGUACUUCGGAAUGGUGUAUUCUGUGACCACAGUACAUUUCUGUCAUACAUGUGUAACCCGAUUAUUUAACAGCACUACUUCUUUCUCGUAAGGCUUAUCAUUUUGACGGUGUUGUUCUGGAAGUAUGGAUGCAGUUUCGUGGAGAUGCCAAAAGGUAAGAUGAUUUCUAAUUGUUUAUUUAUGUUUACUGAGUCAUAACUUCCCACUAAAUGCAAGUUAUACUAAGUAACAGGGCAGGGAAAAAGAAUUUUCUUCCUGAGAGCACAACGUGGAGAAAAAAUUUCCUGCAGACCAACAGAGUAUUUUUGUGCUAAAUAUGCAUGUGCAUAAACAUAUAGUGUCCUAGCUGACCAUGGUUUAAAUUCAAGGAAUAAUGUCUGUCAACCAUAUGUUGUUGCGCUCAUUGUGGAACCUGGGUGUUAAGGUUUCGUUCAAAUUUUCAAUAGCAAAUCUUCAUUCAAACGAUAGAAAUGAGAGAGUCUUCGUGCAACGAUAUAAUUGAGAGCCUCAGAGUCUUCAUGCAACGAUAGAAAAUUUUGAGAGUGUCUAAAAUACAACUACCUGAAGAGUGAAGAAUAUAAGCAGAACUUUGUCAAUUUGAGUGAAGGCCCUUUGUCGGGAAGUGAGUAGUCUAAUAAUGGAUGUCCAUUGUUGGCUACUAACUUUGUGAUGAAGGUCCUUUGCUCGAAAUGUCAAAGCUUUGCUUAACCCAUUAAAUGCCAGCGCUCUCCCCUUGACAAGUAAAAUUGUCUGGUGUUAGACAGAGUAAAAUAAUAAAGUAGGACGCAUAAGCCAGGGUACAAUGCGAGUCAAUGGGUUAACUAGACACAUGGGCAGAUAGGCCAGUUAAAAUAUUUUUCAGGUAGUUCUAACUCUGUCAAUCAACAGCUAGGUCAAUGUCCAGUAUUAAUCUGAUAACUGUAAGUUGGAAUAUUAGUGAAAUCUUACUCUAUUAUUGAUAAUGAUUUUCGUUGUGUUCUAGUGAGUUAUAUCUUCUUGUGAGUAAGUUGGCCAAUGCUCUUCAUUCUGGUGAUCUUAAAAUUAUCCUGGUUGUACCGCCUCUGGCUAUGAAUGACGCGGCGUAAGUAUGAUGCCGAGAACCACACAUACGGUUAAUGUGUUGCUGUUUCAAUUGACUAACUAGUAUACUGACUAACUGUCUAGUAACUACUAUGUCUAACUACUGUAAUUCAUUGAUUAAUAACAGGCUUUUUUCUGGACUUUUUUUGUGGCUGUUAAAUGAAACGAAAAAUUAAAUCUUGAAUUGAGUUUUGCAAAAAAAAUUAAAAUUCGUAGUCAGAUCAUCUUCUUCUUCUUUGGUUUUUCCAGAAAAAGUCGUGGUGUGUUUUCAAAGGAAGACUUUCAACUUCUCUAUCCUGUCGUAGAUGGAUUUAGUCUAAUGACGUAUGAUUACUCAUCACACGGAGGGUAUGUGUUCGUUUAGAACUGAUAGAGCUAUCCAGUAUAAAUAAAGUUAGUUUAGUUUAGGUUUCCUCCUGUAGUAACACUGGAUCAAUAAGAGGUGAUCCUUACUGGACCUCUAGGAAGAACAGUUUAGAACUGAUAGAACUAUCCAGUAUAAAUAAAGUUAGUUCAGUUUAGGUUUCCUCCUGUAGUAACAUUGGAUCAAUAAGAGAUGAACCUUACUGGACCUCUAGGGAGAACAGUUUAGAACUGCUAUAGAGCUAUAUUCAGUACCGGUAUAAAAAAAACUUAGUCUUAGUUUUGUUAAGGUAACACUGGAACAAUAAAGGUAUAGAACUGAUAGAGAUAUAUAAAGUCUUCAAUGUGUAAUUAUGGAAAUACUCAUGUAAACCAUGUCAAUGAUCGAAUACUUGUUCCACAGGCAAGCAGGUCCAAAUGCUCCUCUGCAAUGGGUGAGAGACAGUGUCAAAGCUUUAUCUCCCGACUCGAAUGAGCAGAGAAAGAAAGUUUUCGUUGGGCUUAAUUUUUAUGGCAUGGACUAUUCGCCAAGCGGAGGAUCAGGUAUAAUAUAUCACUGCUUGAAAAUUGAACUGCCAUUUCCUUUAGCUAAGUUCGUCUAGACAGAUGAUUGAAAAUCAUUGUAGUAAUUUUCAUUUUUAUGUAUUUCUCUUUUACAGCUGUGGUCGGUAGUAGGUACGUUUUGAAGCUUUUGUUUACUAAAUUCAUUUAUGUAUCAUUUCCCUUGCUCAGCGUAUUACAUUAGAUACACUUCUUUGAAGUCAUUUUAUUUUAUUAAACGCUAUACCUCUAGGUACAUAGAAUUGUUGACGAAGCACAAAUCUGACGGGAAAUUUACUUGGGAAAAAGAAAUAGGGGAACAUUCAUUUUAUUACAAGUAAGUGAAGAAUAAAAAUUAUAAAGAACCACGGAUUGAUUGUGUUGGUAUAUCACGUUGCCUCAGUCGCAUGUGAGAAGGGUGCUUCCAGUUUAAGUCUACCAAAUCCGACAGAUUUCUUUCUUCAAUUAGUAUUCGGAUUUUCGAUUUCCUCCAGAGCUACAGUACCACUGGACCAACAAGAUAUGUCCUUUACUGGUCCUCUGGGGAGAACAGUUUAGAACUGAUAGAUUUAUCCAGUAUAAAUAAAGGUAGUUUAGUUUAGUUUUCCUCCAGUGGUAACACUGGAUCAAUAAGAGAUGACUCUUAUAGCGAAACAGUUUAGAACUGAUUAAGCUAAUUUAUCUUUCAGAGCGGGUGGUAUAACUCGUGUUGUAUUUUAUCCCACAUUAAAGGUGAGUAUUUUUUUCAUAAUCAUCAAUCUCAAACGGUCUUACCCCAAUUUCGAGCCCACAUUAAUAAUUUCUACAAAUUUCACCUGUAGUCGAUCAGUGAAAGACUAAACGUGGCGAAAGAGCUUGGUGUCGGGAUUGCAGUCUGGGAGAUUGGACAAGGACUGGAUUAUUUCUAUGAUUUAUUAUAAUUUAUUACGCAGAAUUUCUAGCAUGUUUUAUUUAGUUCAUUUUAGCAUUUAGGACAGUUUCAAAUUUUAGAACAUUUUAAUCAUACAUUCGCAUUCCAACAAAAACAAAAAAAGGUUUGAGGGAAUUGACUCAGUGUUAAACAAUAAGUCCUUUCCCUCAAAUAUUUCUUAAAAAGUGGUUACCCUAUAUGGCUAGAAGCUUUUGUCCAUUCGGGUGUUUCCAAUUUCGAGUGUAAGGGCUGUUUUAUACGUCGAAUAUUGGUCGCGUCGAAUGCUGUUUUCAACUUACGACCACCUUUGAAUGGAAUGGCUUUUAAGUGUGUUUCUCACGGGCUAUGGUCGGAGGAGACGAACAGCCUUCUUCAAUACAUGCAUGAAAAAGAAUUUUGGGUUUUGACCAUUAAAUUUGGAAAUAAGCUUAAACACGGAAACGAGAUCCUUGGCUAAUUUCGAGGGCUAUGGCUUAUUUCCACAUUUAUUGGUCAAAAUCCAAAAUUCUUUUUUAUGCAUGUGUUGACGAAGGAUGUUCUGCUUCUCUGAUCAUAGCCCGUAAGAAACAAACUUGAAAUAUAUUCCAUUUAAGGUGGUCCUAAGUUGAAAACAGUGUAGUUGUGACGUAAUUACCGGAAAGGUCUAUUAAGACAAUAAAUAAUGAGAUGAUACACCUCAUUAAGCUUCAUUAUCUAUUGUUUGAAUUGCAUUUAACGCUACCGAAAUUCGACGUAUAAAACGGGCCUUAAUUUUAUACAUUUUUACCGUGCCAGGAACAGUUGCCAAACAUACAAUUAUAGGCCCUCUGGUAUAGGACGGCCCAUAGAACUGCACCUGGUCUAAAAAUGUAUAGAAUUUAAGCUAGAAAUUUUCUUUCCCAAAAGCCCACCAGUAGCGACAAUUGUAAUGUCUAUUUGCGCCAAGGGCUGUUUUAUACGUCGAAUUUUGGUCGCGUCGAAUGCAAUUAAGACAAUAGAAAAUGAGAUGAUAAACCUCAUUAAGCAUUUAAGCUUCAUAAUGUAUUGUUUGAAUCAUAGGCGUACGGGACGGGGGGCAGGGGAGGGGGGGGCAGCUGCCCCCACCAAAAGAUUACAAAGUCGAAAAGUCGGGCAAAUGUUCAACAAAAGUCGGGCAAAAGUCGGGGAAAAAGUAGUCAAAGCAAUAAAAUCUCUCGUAAUAAUAACCCCAGUUUGUUGGGCAAACCAAGCCAGUUGAGCAAUAUUCGCUUCACAGUCGGGCAAUAUUGGGUUAUUAAAAAAAUAAAUGGGAUAAAUUGUGCCAAAUUUGCGGGAAAUUAUGUAAAUUUUGUGGUGUUUGGGAAAAUUUGUUUGAUGUUUUGAAAAAUUUUGGUAUGUCCGAAAAAUUUUUGGACCCCUAAAAUGGUACACUGACCGAAAUUUUUUUGGCGACGGGGGGGGGGGUCGCCAAAAUUUAUUGUUCCGGGAAAAAAAAUUUUCGGGCACUGGUCGGGCACAAUUCGAAAAAGUCGGGCAAAUUUCUUUCUGCCCCCCCCCCCUAAUUUUUUCCUUCCCGUACGCCUAUGGUUUGAAUUGCAAUAUUGCAUUCGACGCGACCGAAGUUCGACGUAUAAAACAGGCCUUAAUUUUAUACAUUUUUACCGUACCAGGAACAAUUGCCAAAAAUACAAUUAUAGGCCUUCUCAGUAUAGGAAUCGAAUCCAUAGUAGUAUUUUUGGUAACUGCGCCUGGUCUAAAAAUGUAUAGAAUCUAAACUGGAAAUUUUCUUUCCCAAAAGCCCACCAGUAGCGACAAUGGUAAAGUCUAUUUGCGCCAUGUUUUAUUUCUCGAAUCAUUCGCGAAUACAACAUCUAUUUGAAAUUUUUCACUUUAUUUUGGUAACGUUGUAGUUGGUCUUAAUAAUUGGGUAAUUUGUUAAUAUUCUGGGUAAUUAUUUCGGUGGAGGUAAAUUAACUAUUAAAUUAAGAAAUGAAUGUUAUUUAAAACUGAUAAAAUUAGACGUUCUUUAAUUAAUAUAUUUAAUUAAUAC